GCCAUUGAAUGACCAGGGCUGCUCCUGCUGCCCCUGUCACAGGUUUCCUGCAGCGGCUGCCAUGGGCUCCGUGCUUUCCUUCCCUGCUGCCAACACCACCUCGAGGCAGAGGAGGAAGGCUGAGGAGGAGGAGGAGGACUUGCUCGAUAGCCGGGACCGCAAGGAGGACAUUGCCAAGUUCCCCUAUGUGGAGUUCACGGGUCAGGACAGCAUCACCUGCCCCACGUGCCAGGGCACCGGCUGCAUCCCCACACAGCAGGUAAAUGAGCUGGUGGCUCUGAUACCCUACAGCGACCAGCGGCUCCGUCCCCAAAGAACGAAGCUCUAUGUCCUGCUGUCCGUGCUGCUCUGCCUCCUCAUCUCGGGGCUGGUGGUUUUCUUCCUCUUCCCACACUCCAUCCUGGUGGAUGAUGACGGGAUCAAAGUGGUUCAGGUCUGGUUCGACAAGAAGAACUCUGUCGUCAUUCUCGCCAUCACGGUAAGCUGCUGCUGUGUGUUUCUUCCCAAGGGAAUAAACUCCCUGCUGAGCUGCCAGGAGGCUCCCUGCUACUUGUGUCCCCUCUUCCCCUCCACCCAGGCCACCUUACGCAUCAGGAACUCCAACUUCUACUCAGUGACAGUGACCAGCCUCACUACCCAGGUGCAGUACAUGAACACUGUGGUGGGGACCCAGCAGGUCAGCAACGUCUCCAGCAUCCAGCCGCUGAGUGACAAACUGGUGAAUUUCACUGUGAAGGCGGAGCUGGGUGGUUCCUUCUCCUAUGUGUAUUUCUCUUGCACGUUUCCCAAGGCCAAGGUGCACAACAUCUUGAUCUUCAUGAGGACGUGGGUGAAGCUCUCGUACAUCGGGCACGUGUCGCAGAGCACUCUGGAGCGGUACCGCUACGUCGACUGCAGCACCAACUUCACCGCCAGCCAGGACCUGCUCCUGCUGCCCCCCUCCGCCUGAGGCCCGGUGGAUGCAGCCUGGGGUGGAUGCUGGUGCACAUGGAUUUCUAGAAGGGACCAGGAGCUUCCCAAUGGAAGCAGAGGGAUCACGAUCACACGUGACUUUGGUGGGAGAUGCCCUCUGUGUCCCUUUCAUGCUCUUCCACUGGCAGCUGGGCUGCGCUUCUGGCCGGGCCAUGAAUCUCUUGGGGUGUUUUCCCAGCUCCAGGGUCCUGCCUUUUUGGUUCUGGAGAACUAGUUUUUUGGUAGGAAAACUGGACUUCCAGGCGUUGGGGGCUGAUGUGCCCAAAGAUUUAGAGUUGAUUUUUGCAGCUCUCAAAGCUUUGCACUGUGUCUUAUCCCUCAGGGUGAGCUAAUCAGUUCUGUGCAAUUAAUUUAUCCUGCUUCUCUUCAGCAGCAGUGUGUCCCUGCCUUGAUCCAAAGCAAACCUUGAUAACAAAGGGAUAGUUCCCAUAAGGAACGUGCAGAUAAAGCUUCCACCUCCCUCACUUGUGCUAGGAGGAGGCAAAGGCACCUUUGAAACGCAUUCUUUCUGUGUUUGCCACCUCCAGCAAACCCAGCCCCAAAACACCUGGCUUGAGGUGCCUCAGGAAGUGUGGGGCUAGGAAAGGCUCUGUGUGAAUUCCACCUUCCUCCUCCUCCUCCUUUGGACCUUCCUCUCCCCGCACUGGGCAGCCGCAGGGUCCCUGGGGUCCCACAGCUCAGUGUCACUUGGUGCUCAUGCCUGACACAGUCACGUCUGGGUUUAAACUGGUUUCAGGGGGGUUUGGUGUCCCAAAGGGUUCAUUCACUCCAGGGGCUGUUCCCGAAGGAUGGCAUCAGCUGUGUUCUUAAAGCAGAUAAACCCCCGAGCUCAGCCCAACCUGUGCUGUUUGCAGCUUGGGGCCUUUCAUCCCUUUGUGGUUCCUCUGGAAUUCGAUGCCUGCCUGCACCAACCCUGUCCUUCAGAUGGGAGGUGGUGUGAGCCUGUGUGAGGACACGGAGGCCGGGUGGGGCUGAGGGCAGUGCUCAGUGAAGGAUGCUUUAUUUGGUGGGAAUGUGAAAUCAAACCACACGGUGCCUGUUCUAGGAAGUGGCAUUUCUGCCUCCUGAGGUUUCUAGAAGUGAAUUCUCUCAUUAAAGUGGAGCUGGACUUUACAAAGA